AUGGCGAUUGAGCCGGAUGAAUCACUGACGCACGAGGUGAUGACUACAUCUCGUAUCAGCAACCCUUCCACUUUGGCAGAGGCCCUUCAGAGGUCGAAUGAAGUUCACGUUGGACAACUGGCUUCACUGUCUUUGGACAAAAGGUUGAUGGGUGCGCUCGAUUCGGCGUGCAAUCGGACAUGUUGUGGGUCGGCUUGGUUGGAACAUUACAUGACAGCCCUUCGCAAUGCGCCCGAGGACAUUCAAAGGCUUGUGGAAAGAUGCCCAGAGCAGGAGAUUUUUCGAUUCGGAGACGGAGGGACACAGAAGAGUUUGACUCGUGUUCGCUUGCCUAUGGUCAUCGGGUCGGAUUUGAUUUUGACGUGGGUGUCGAUCAUUCCUUGGACACCACAUUCCGCUGAAGCAGCUGGCUGCAGGACAUUUCGCAUUGCGGCUCAUCCCAUUGGAAUGGCCGAAGCCAGGCAAGCAAAGAUGGCGGAGGAAUGGCUCAAACGCCAGACGCGGCCUUGUCUCCGACAACUUCGACUACAAGCUCACCCAAUCGAGCCAAAGCUCUUGGGAUCCUUCAUGGAGGCGGAAGCUCAAACCGCCAAGAUCGCAGUCAAAUGGAAGAGAUUCCUCACAAGACUGCACGCAAGACUGCUUUGGCACGUGCAAGGCAUUUGCUUAUGGUUGUGUCGACGGCCUUGGCUGCGCUACACUCCAUUUCCGUAUCCCUCCAUCCACAGCAUUCAGCAGUGGCAGCUGCAGGCCCAGCAAAUGGUGUCAAAUGGCUCGAUGUCCCGAUGCCAUCUCCAACGAGCACAAAGUCAUGGAGCUUUCACAGCUGGGAACCUGAAGGAAGUGAUGUGGCUCAGGGAUCGCCUUGGUUGGCAAACCUUCUUCGCGGAGGACCCCAUGCUCCAAGGAAUGUUAGCGGCCAAGUCCGCCAAGGGCGCAUCGAGCAAGAUCCGCCAAGAAGCCGUGGCGGAGGCCAAAGCUCUAGCCGACAAAGCAGCCAAGGAAGGCAAGGAGAUCGAGGCCGGCAUCAAGCCCGUCGUCCAAGUUCUGUUGAACAAAGCUCCAGCGUCGUCGACGACCAGCAGUUCAAGUGGAUCAAAUUUCCAGAAAGUGCCUCCAAAGCCUUCCAAGCAACCGUCUUUGGAGAAUCAGAAGAUGCCACAAGUGGCAGCCCCAUCGACUCCAUCCACGACCAUCGAGAGUGGCUCGGCAGGACUCAAGGUCCAAGACAUCCAGGAAUUGCUGGCACGCCAAGAUCAAAAGUUUCAGACCAUGCUGAGUCAAGUGAUGUCUCACAUGAUGUCCUUACGGGGGAGUCAAAUGCCUGUGGGGAUCCAGACACAAGGAGCCAUGCGCUACGACAUGGCAGCCGAAGAUGCUUCGAUGGACGGCUCAAUGAAUCACGGCUGGACACCUCAAGAGGUCUCAGAGAUGAUGAGCGAACAGGAGACGCAGAGGUUGAAUUUCGAAGUCCAGGGGCAAAUCAAGGAGGACGAGCAGGACCUGCUGAAGGGUCCAUUCUUCGAUCAGCCGUUGGGCUGA